AUGGCCACAAGGGCAAUGCAACUUCUUCCAUUUCUCUUCCUGCUCUCCAGCUUGUGUCUCCAUUGCACCUACGGAGACUCCGGCGGAGAGUGGCAACAAGCCCACGCUACAUUCUACGCAGGCACUUCCGGCACAAUGGGGGGAGCAUGUGGAUACAGCGACUUGAACAGCGAGGGGUAUGGGACGAACACGGCAGCUCUGAGCACAGCUCUAUUCGGCAACGGCUCGAGCUGCGGAGGGUGCUACGAGCUUAUGUGCGUCGACGAUACCCAGUGGUGCAACAACGGCAGCAUCAUUGUGACCGCCACCAACUUCUGUCCCCCUAACAACGAUCUCCCCAGUAACAAUGGCGGGUGGUGCAAUGUCCCUCUCAAACACUUCGACAUGUCUCAGCCCGCUUUCACCCAUAUUGCCCGAUACAAAGCCGGAAUUAUCCCCGUCAACUACAGAAGGGCGCCAUGCCAGAAAACAGGAGGCGUAAAGUUCAGCAUUGACGGCCACGAUUAUUACAUGACGGUGGUGGUGUCGAACGUAGCGGGAGCGGGUGACGUCCAGGCCUUGAGUAUAAUGAGCAGCAACACCACCGGCUGGAUUAGCAUGACUAGGAACUGGGGCCAGAAAUGGGAGACCAACUCAAUCUUCGAUGGCCAGGCCCUCUCCUUCAAACUCACAACCAGCGACGACAAGACCCUCAUCUGCAACGACGCCAUACCCUCCGACUGGGCUUUUGGAAAUACUUACCAAGCCAAAGAGCAAUAUGCUUCCUAG